GAUGUAACUAAACGUAACAGAAUUAAGACGGGCCCGGCUGAGACACAAGAAGUGAAAAAAAUGCAGCACUGCCAAAGUAUUAAUGGCAAUAUAUAUAAUGGCAACCUGUUUUUCUGGACUCAACGAUGCACACUAGACAUGGCUUUGGGGAAGAUUUUCUGGAUUGUUCUAGUUUCUGCACUUUUCUUGCUGCUCUUCCAUAACGCUUCUAUGAUAGCUGGGAACGUUGUUGACAAUGGCGAUUCCGCUCCGAAGAAGCCCGAUUGCAGCAACAAUUUUGUUCUGGUAAAAGUGAAAACUUGGGUAGAUGGCAGAAAGGAUGCUGAGUUUGUUGGUAUGAAUGCCAGAUUUGGAAGAACAAUUGAAUGAAAGAAAAAUGCUCUGAAAUCUCGCCUUUUUCUUUCACAUCCUGUAGAAUGUUGCAGUACAGACAAUAAGCUUGCUGGAGAAGUGAUCUUGGCACAUCGAGGCCUCUGCAAAUUCACUAGAAAGGCAAAAAAUGCACAAGCUGCCAAUGCUUCGGCUAUUCUCAUCAUAAAUUUUAAGGAAGAACUUUUCGAGAUGGUCUGCGAAGCUGAUGAAACCCUUUUAGACAUACACAUUCUUGCUGUCAUACUACCAAAAAUAUCAGGAGAAAGGUUGAAGAAAAUGCUGACGAGCUUUUCAUCCGUGUUUGUGCGACUAUACUUUCUAUCUCGACCUGCAGUUGAUGUAGCAGAAGUGAUUCUACGGUUGAUUGUAACUGGGACCAUAAUGUGUGCAUCUUGUUGGUCAGCAAGGAGAGCCAGAAAAGCAGUUACUGAACGAGACAAGCUAUUAAAGGACGCUGUUGAGGAAAUGCCAAGUGCUAUAGAUGGAGUUGAUGGUGGUGUGAUAAACAUAAACACGAAAGGCGUAGUCCUUUCUGUAGUAGCUGCUUCGAGUCCUGUUAUAGUAUAAAAACUACUGCCGUUGUCGUUGUGGUUCAUUGAACUUUUGGUUGUUCUCUACUGUGUUGGUAGGACUGAGGGCUUGCAAGUUUGCUUGAUUGCUUUAUGUUCAAGGUGGUUCUAGCGAGCUGGCGAGUCAUGCAUUAAAGUACCUUUCCUUGGAGCUAUCUCGCACCUGGCUCUCGCUAUUUCUCCAUUCUGCAUAACAUUUUCUAUCCUCUGGGCAAUUUAUCGCAAGGCCUUCUUUCCUUGGAUCGGCCAAGACAUACUAGGAAUUGGGCUCACGAUGACAGUUCUCCAGCUUGUGCAAAUACCUAACCUCAAGGUGAUUUCAGUUUUUCUAAAUCGGGUAGGCACUGUUCUUCUCAGUUGUGCACUUAUCUACGACCUGUUUUGGGUGUUUGUCUUAAAGAAGCUGUUCAAUGCAAGCGCGAUGCUUGAGGCAGCCCAAGGUGAUAAAAGCGGAGAAGAUGGUAUGCCAAUGCUGCUGAAGUUUCCACGCAGUGGUUACAGCAUCAUAGGAUUUGGAGAUAUUAUUAUACCAGGUCUGCUGGUAGCAUUCUGACUCAGGUACGAUUGGCUGGCAAAUAAGAGUCUUCGAGAUGGAUACUUCUUGUGGACAAUACUCGCAUAUGGCUUUGGUCUUAUGAUUACAUACUUAGCACUAAACUUGAUGGAUGGGCAAGGCCAACCAGCACUGCUUUACAUUGUUCCAUUCACCCUUCGGACCAUUCUGGCAUUGGGGCAUAAACGUGGGUAUCUGAGAAAUCUGUGGAUAAAUGGAGAACCAGAGAGACCCUGCCAUCAUGUUAAGACCUCAGAACAUCGAAGAAUUAAACCCUCAACGAUGAUGUAA